AUGAGUGCCGUGAUGCUCUUAGAGGAUUGGUGCAAGGGGAUGGAUCUGGACCCCAGGAAGGCCCUGCUGAUCGUGGGGAUCCCUGUGGAGUGUGAGGAGGCAGAAAUUAAAGAGACGGUGAAGGCAGGCUUGCAGCUCCUGUGCAACUACAGGAUGCUGGGCAGAAUGUUCCGAAGGGAAGACAGUUCUAAGGCAGUCUUCAUCGAAUUGGCUGAAGCCGUCGAUUUCUCUGCGAUUCCUAGUCAGAUACCAGGAAGGGGAGGUGCCUGGGAAGUGGUGGUGCAACCCCGUAACCCCGAUGACGAAUUCCUCACUAGACUGAGCUACUUCCUGAAGGGUGAGGGCCGGAGGAUGGUCGAUGUGGCCCAAACCCUGGGGUACGGCACUGCCACUGAGGGCAUGGAGCCAGGGGUUUUCCCCCAAGUCAAACCAAUAGUUUUGCAGCCUCUGAAAGAAAGCAUGUGGUACCGAAAGCUCAAAGUGUUUUCGGGAAGCACUUUCCCAGGCCCAGGCGAAGAGAGUUUCGAAGUCUGGCUGGAGCAGGUCAAUGAGAUUAUGAAGGUAUGGCAGGUGUCUGAGAUAGAGAAGAGGCGCCGUUUGCUGGAGAGCCUGCGUGGCCCCGCCCUGUCCAUCAUACGGGUGCUCCGGGCCCACAAUGACACUAUGACUGCGGAGCAAUGCCUGGAUGCCCUGAAGCAGAUCUUUGGGAGCAAAGAGGACCAUAGAACCGCGCAGUUUAAGUUUCUCCAGGCCUUUCAGAUGUCUAGAGAAAAAACCUCUGUUUUUUUGCUGCGCUUAGAGCCCCUGCUGCAGAAGGCUGUGCAGCACAGCCCGAUGUCGGUGCGCAGCACAGACCUGAUCCGCCUGAAGCACAUGCUAGCUCGGGCCAACCUGACCAGCACCCUCCGGGGCAAGCUGGAGAUCCUGGAUCAGCGUGGCUGUCCUCCCACUUUUCUGGAGUUAAUAAAGCUCAUUCGCGAUGAAGAAGAGUGGGAGACCACCUUGGCAGUGAUGAAGGAGAAAGAGAGGAAUGGAGCAAGGAGCCCCAGGGCGUCUGGUAGGCAGGGAAUAGCUGAAGCCAUUUUCUCCAUGCCUCAGGUCCUCAUGCAGGCAGGGCCAUCUUGUGAGAGCAGCACCCAGACCGUCCAGGAAGGGGCGGUCCCAUCUGUGAAGCGCAGGCGACAGCCCUGCGGCAGUGCUGAGGGGGAAGGCCACAAUCAGAUGACAUACCCUAAGAUGGAAAACCAACCUCCUGUGAUGGAGCCAGCGCAGUUUGUAGCACAGGUGUCGGGAAACGAGGCAGGGGCUGGGGCUUUGAGCCACCCCAAGCCCUAG